GAAUGAAUAUUAAUCUUGAAGUCGUCAUGCCAGCUCAGGAUCACCCGUAGCCUACACAGUGAACAGGUUUAGUAGCCUACGUGGAUGAGACAUGGCUAUGCUGGCACUGACUGGUAUUUUUUUGCUACAUUUAUUACGCUUUAGCUACGCGUCCUGGGACUGGGUAAAGCCAAACCAGGUGGAGAGCGAAUCUAUCCACUUCCAGGGUUCUGCCGCAUAUAAAGCGAAGCAACCUCCGCACAUCAUUUUCAUUCUAACGGAUGACCAGGGAUUUCACGACAUAGGCUACCAUGAUUCGGACAUCCGCACUCCAACACUGGACAAGCUUGCCAAGGAGGGAGUCAAACUAGAGAACUAUUAUGUGCAACCCCUUUGUACACCGUCACGCAGUCAGCUGAUCACUGGCAGGUAUCAGAUCCACACUGGCCUCCAGCACUCCAUCAUCCGGCCCCGGCAGCCCAACUGCCUGCCCCAGCACAUGGCCACGCUGCCCCAGCGGCUGCAGGAGGCCGGCUACGCCACCCACAUGGUGGGCAAGUGGCACCUGGGCUUCUACAAGAAGGACUGCCUGCCCACGCGCCGCGGCUUCCACACCUACUUCGGCUCGCUGACCGGCAGCGUGGACUACUACACGUACAGCUCGUGCGACGGCAAGGCGCUGUGCGGCUACGACCUGCACGAGGGCGAGUCGGUGGCCUGGGGCCAGAAGGGCAAGUACUCCACGCACCUGUACACGCAGCGCGUGCGCAAGAUCCUGGCGGCGCACGACCCGCACAGCCAGCCGCUCUUCCUCUUCGUGUCGCUGCAGGCCGUCCACACGCCCCUCAAGCCGCCCAAGGAGUACAUCUACCCGUACCGCGGCAUGGGCAACGUGGCGCGGCGCAAGUACGCGGCGGUGGUGUCCAUCGUGGACGAGGCGGUGCACAACAUCACCUACGCCCUGCGCAAGUACGGCUACUACAAGAACAGCGUGCUGGUCUUCUCCACGGACAACGGCGCGCAGCCCUUCACGGGCGGCAGCAACUGGCCGCUGCGCGGGAGGAAGGGCACCUACUGGGAGGGCGGCGUGAGGGGGCUGGGGUUCGUGCACAGCCCUUUGUUGAGGCACCGGCGGAGGGUGAGCAAGGCCCUGCUGCACAUCACCGACUGGUUCCCCACGCUGGUCGGCCUGGCCAGGGGCAACGCGUCCCAGGACCCCGGGCUGGACGGCUACGACGUCUGGCCCGCCAUCAGCGAGGGCAAGGAGUCGCCGCGCAUGGAGAUCCUGCACAACAUCGACCCGCUGAACCGCAAGGGCCGCGGCUCCUGGAGGGACGGCGAGCAGGCGUGGGACACGGCCGUGCAGGCGGCCAUCCGCGUGGGCGACUGGAAGCUGCUGACGGGCGACCCGGGCCACGGCGACUGGGUGCCGCCUCAGGUGCUGGCGCACUUCCCCGGCGGCUGGUGGAACCUGGAGCGCGGCGCCGGCCACCCGGCCAAGUCCGUCUGGCUCUACAACAUCACCGGCGACCCGUGCGAGCGCCACGACAUGGCCACCCAGCGGCCGGACGUGGUCAAGAAGCUCAUGGCGCGGCUGGCGUACUACAACCGCACCGCCGUGCCCGUGCAGUACCCGCCGGACGACCCGCGCGCCAACCCCGACCGGAACGGCGGCGUGUGGGGGCCCUGGGUUGGCGACAACGAGGAAGUCGAACAGACCGUCUCCGGGGUCUACUAUAAGCGGGGCAAGAAUCGCAAGAAGAAGAAAUGCAGGAUCUGCCGGCUCAAGCCCUUCUUCAAGCGGCUGAACAAACGGGUCCUGUCCAACAGAAUGUAGCACUGAUGCUGUUGUCGUUGUUGCGCUUUUGCAAACCAUAAACAUUCUGCUCACUGCCCUCUGAGCCUUGGCAUCCCACGUCUGAGAAUCCCUGAGAGGUGGGAUGCAAAAGCCUGAACUCUGUUUACAUCUCACAGUACAACUCUGUAGUUUUUUCCCCAAGUGAAUCCAGGGUGGAGUCUUACCUUUUACCUUCACAAGUCAGAAAAGGGCCGAAGCCUUUUGAAAUCCACUGGUCUCAGAACUUUCCACUUACAAAGCCUUGUCUACCUGACCUGCGCGGCAAUUUCACAAACAUUUCAUGCAUUCCCCAUGUGACCAUCACACCACACGGAACAUGCAGGAACAAUGGAAAACUCUCAAUGUGUUUAUAUAUUCUUAAAUCCUUAAUUCCUUAUUAUAAUUAUUAGUGCAUGUCUUGACAUUUCUGAAUGACAUAAUGCUGCACAGCAUUGCAAAAACACACACACACUGGAACUUGCCUUGAGCAUGUCAGAUUCCCCUUUUUCAUCAUUCUGAUAAAAUAGAGUCCCAAACUAUUAAACUGUUUCUCAACAGUGCCUUGUCACAAAAUCUUGCUGGAAUAUUCUCUGUUGUGUUUCCAUUUUGAAUCAGCUUGUCACUCGCUUAUCCAAUGCUGUUGCAUUCCAACUUUCCAUUCCAAGGAAUAUGCUGGAAUUGUUUCUGCGUUGGUAGCACAUGUUUAGUAUGCUGGCCAACAAUUCGGUCAUGUUUGAAAACAAAUUGUGUUAUGUGUGAGUUGGUAGGCCUUAGUCGUCCUCUGAUACCAGAAAACAACUUGAAAGACUGUUUCACAUAGAAAAACGUAAAGUUUUCCCACCUGUUUUGUCCCGGAAUCUGAAUUAUUUAAGUGCUAAUAGUGUUUCAUUCACCUUGUAAAUGUUCAUUGUUGAUCUUGCUUUUGACUUAGACGACUGUUGUGCUGAAACGGACACAAUAAAUGCCUAAAUGCUUUCACUUUUCAAACACAUCUCUUCAUGGAGUA